AUAAAUCAGAUCUUCUUCAAGUAUGUUAGUCUUUUUUUGACAGCUUAAGAAAGAAAUUCCAAAAUUUUUGUUUCCAUCUGUUAGAACAAUUACAAUAAUAUGGUAGAAAAAUAAAAAUCGAAUAAAAAAUUUGUCAACAUUAACUUUUGAUGCUCGUUGUCAAAAUCGUACGGGUGUUGUGAAUCCCCACGGACCUGAAUCUAAAGUAGGCAGUCAAUAUGUAUGUUUCAAUGGGAAUCACCUUCCAUGAUAAGCUGGUCUACUAUUAUAAUAGUGAUACAAUUAGAUCGCAUGUAAUGAUAACAGUUAUUGGAGUUUCUGCGCAAAUAUCUCAGAUAAGAUAAUGAAAACAGUUCGACUCGCGUAUUUCGAAGAUAAACUAAACAGCACCAAUGACUUCGCUGAAUCAUCACAUGCAGCCCGAUUGUGUGUCUCCAUGGCAUAAUUAUGACCGCAACACUCCUCGCAAUCAGUCACUGUACAAUACUGGUCAUUGUUCUAGACUGAUAGACCGUGACCGCCCGCAAGACGAUCGUCAUAUAGCCGCAACACAAUAAUCUGGAUUCAUCAAUGAGGCGAGGCGCAAUCUUGCUGUGCACAUUUAUUCAACGAGAAGCCGGAAGCUCACCCUCGUAAUUUGCAUCGGAGUGUUCCAACUUAUGCGCUCGUAGAAAUCAUUACAGACCAAAGGCACCAUAAUGUGGCAAUACUCGAACUCUUCACCAAUCAUUCAACCAGAGUCAAAACUGCUUACGCUAGAAAAAAAAACUACUCAAUCCAACCGGGUUGAACAGCAGAAAUUUACAAUAAUAAAUAUCAAAUUUCGUCUCGUAGCAUAUACCCUUGGGUUCUGCGCUCCUGACCGAUGAAGAGCCAUACAUAUGUAUACAAAUACAAUUUUAUCACAUUUCUUCCAUCCAAUUAAGCGUUCCUAUUGCCGAGUUCGUUGCUUCGAGAGAGGUCUCUGUUUAGUUUUUGGAUGCAGCUCUCCCGCGCUCGGCUGCCGCUGGCGGGACAAUCUGUUAAACAUAUGUGCGAACGCAUCGCCGGCUUGCGUCUUACCGUCUUGCUUGUUCGAUCGUUCGACCAACUGAUGGUGUCGAUAGAGGGAACGGGCAUGAGUCACACUCUGCCGAGCAUAGGGAAACUUAGGGUAAGACGCACCGUGUCGAUAAAAUGCACCACCAUGGAAAAGCAUGGAAAACGCAGUAAUUGGCAGGAUUGUGCUUCUUCUUCUUCUUAGAUAGCACCUACGUUCCUAGAGGAACUUCGCCGUCUCAACGUAGUAUUACUUGCGUCAUUUUUAUUAGUAAUUUGUUGUGAUUUCUAUGCCAAAUAACACGCCUCGAAUGCAUUCUGAGUGGCAAACUCUAGAAUACGCUUGACCAAAGUGCAAGUCAAAAGAAAAUUUCUUUGACGAAAAAUUCCCUCGAUCAGAACGGGAAUCGAACCCGAACUCCCGGCAUGUUAGGUGUGACGCUAACCACUCGGCCACGGGAACACCUACAACUUACAACUUUUUUUUUACUUUAAAUACCAUUAAGCAUAGUUCAGCACCGAAAACCUCGUCGAGUUUCAUUAAAUAGUAAUAUAUAUAAAACCGAAUGAUUUCAUGCAAGGGGCUGUCCUAUACCACCUGGACAAAAAAAAACCUGAUUUUAGACACCCCCCUCCCCCUCCGUGGACAAGCGUGGAAAUUUUCUAUACUCCUUCCUCUGUUGUCCACGUGGACAUUUGUUCUCUUCUUGGAAAAAAAAAUUCGGGGAAAAAAUUGUGUUGCGUCUAAAUUCUAUUUUGAAUUCGUUUUUAUUUUGUAUUCUUUUCUUCCUUUUUGCAAAUUCACGUUUUUCCAUCGGAAUGUUGAAAAGACGAUGUGGCAUCGAAUGAAAGGCAGCUUGCUUUUGUGCAAGUCGGUCCGUAGAGGUCGGGUUUCGGUAGAUGCCAUAUUUCAAGGUAUUAUCCUUUUUUCUUGUGAUCAUAAGAUCCAAGAAAGGGAGUUUUCCAUCCGACCGUAAAUUUACCAGUCAUUUUAAAUUUUGUAAGAACCAUAAGUGUCGUGUCCUGUCGCGUUCCGCGUGUUGUGUGUACAGCAGUUCUUACGUUAGCACAGUAUCUAAAAAUGAGUCAACGUAAUCUGGUUAAGCUGUUUCAGUUUUUAAGCUGGAAUGUUCUUUAAGCUUCCGACUGAAAUGUAGUAUAUAGUGUAGGAUAUAAUAACAUUUGUAAGACAGGCCAUUCGAACUUUAUUGUUUUGUUCAGGCGCUAAAAAAAUAAAAAAAAAAAUGCCGCUGAUUCAUAAAUAAAGAACCAGAUGGAAAACUAUCACUCCUUUAUAAAAUUUAAAUAGGAUUUGCAUGAAGUACAACCAUUUUCUAAUCCGUAACUCAUUUUUAGUUCAAUGUUCUUUUAAAUAAUGAUACUGCUUGUUGAGGCGAUCUGGCGUAGUGGUAACAUCCAUAACUCUCACGCAGAGAUCACGAGUUCAAUUCUCACUCCCGACAUUCUUCCAAAACUGGAUGUAAAAGUGACGAACCAGCCUGAAUGUGUUGAAAGUCACUAUAAUAGAGAAAAAAAAAUGAUACUGCUUGUUAGCUUAAUUUACCCUUCAUAAGAUUAUUCAUCACAAGUUCUCGAAUGGGUUUUGAUCUGGAAAGUCCCUGAAGACCGUCCGGAUUUCGUUAACUGGUGCCCAAUUACCUAAUAAUCGCGGUGGUUUUGACACAAAAACAGCAAAAAAUGAUUCCGAAAUACUUUGUUCGACUCCUGACUUUCCCUUCUGGUUCUUAAGUUAUGAAACACUGGCGGUUUUGUUUUUUUAAUGUUUAUACCCCCUCCCCCCUCACCGUGGACAAACGUGGACAUUUCCGUAACCGCUACUCCCCCUAAAAUUGUCCACGUGGUAUGUGGACAGCCCCCAACUUUAGCCGCUUCUGUCUGACUUUUGAAGCAUUAUAAAACUAAUUGAAAUUUUACAAACUUCAAUACACUUUCGGAUGUUACGGCAGCUAUCGAUUGAGUUUGAAUAAACGUCAAAUCAGUUUGAAUAAUUUAUUAAGGGUGCCAAAUCAGAAAACAGGUCACGUUUUGAUGAAAUAAAGUUAAUGUUAAUAACUAUUUUUGCCGUGAACGGAUUCUGGCGAUUUACAUACCAAACGAAUCGGAAAUUCCCUAAGAUUUGUUUGAUAUGCUAUACAUUUCAAUCCCAUAGUCUGUAUAUGGUUUAAAUUGAUGAAAAUUGGAAGCAUUCCCAUUUCCUCAUACAUUUGUUCUUUCAUUUUUCGGGAGGAAAUCGACUGUUGGGCGAGAAAUCGUUGCUGGACGAGCUGGACGGCGAGGGAUCGAAUGCCUUUCUCAAGGAAAUGCGGUGGAGGAGUAAUAUUAUGGAUAAAGUUUGUUUCGCUUAUUUAGUCACCAAGAAAGUAAAUGUCGUUCUGAAAUUUUGUAUGUGAUUUGGUUACGCUUGUCAGUAGCAAAACUUUCUUCACUAAGGAUGACAGCUGCGCUUAUCUCGAGCGCUUAUCUUAUCUCGAUUGUCUGUAUUGUUCUGCGAGCACGAGAGUGAAUCAUAAAACAAUUAUCGUCAAAUGAUUCUACAAUAAGAAACAUUUCAGGGCGACCAAACUGGUAGAAUGGUUAUUUCAAAAUUUUCUUAGCAUUAUAAAAUAAUAUCCGCAGUUAGAAACAAGCGCCUUUUUUCUUUUUUUACCCUCCUCUCACCCCCAUCUCUAAGGAACUCAUACUCGAGCUUCCUAAAGUUGGUCCCCUUUUUUUACACAGGACUCUACAACACUUAGAGAUAAGAGGACCACAAAAAUCCAUAACUUUGGAACCCAGUGAAAUAAUAUUCUUUUAAGGGAUCCAAAUAUAUAGCACAUAUAAACUAAUCAUUGUUUUUAUUGAGAUUAUAAAGACUUGAGUUAAACUACAGCGUAGUUCUACGUCAACAAUGCGGUCGUGUCCUGAACACAAUCUCCUAUAAUUUUUUGGUUUUCUUUUUUUAUAAUUCGUUUAUUUUUACAGGCUAUAUUUUUAUAAUUAUAUAUAAACAAUUUUCUUAAUUCUAUGGUUAGUAAGGUAGAAAACCAAUUAAUCGCGGUUGACUCGAGUUAAGGAGGGUGACAUAUUUUUAAGGGAAAAGGAUGGGAUAAAGGAGAUUGUAACAAUGUUGAUGAUCAAACUCAAUUCUUAAAUCUAUUCGUAUAUCUAUAGUGUAUUUACAUUUCAACUUAUUCUACAAGGGGACCCAUUACUCGCAAAGAAAGAAAAGGAGGGUAUAUGGAUAUAGGGACAAUCACAAACGAACUUCGAUAGCUUUAAGGGAAACAUAUGUUUGGGACAUGUAAUCAAGGUCCAACUGAGCCAAAACAUAUCUCACCGGGACAUUGGGCUGUUUUCCUCGGGCCCGAAAGGAGUUUUCUAAAUUCGAUCUGGCGACAAAAUACACCUCGUAUGACCAAACAACAUGCUCGAUGUCGUGAUAACCCUGACCACAAACGCAGAGAUUGCUGCCGGCAAGAUUGAAACGAAAGAGUAGCGCAUUUAACGCACAGUGAUUGGGCAUGAGUUGGGAGAAGGUGCGAAUAAAGUCUCGACCAAGUCCAAAUUUUUGAACCAUGUUUUGAGGUUAACCUUAGGAGUAAUUUAGUGAAGUCACCGGCCCAAUUCAUCUUCGUUCCAUUUAAGCUGCCAGUUAGCGAUGGUAUUUUUGAGGACUAAAGAAUAAAAUUCAUUGAAGGCGAUUUGACGCUGAUAAAUAUCGCCUUCAAUUGCAUCUAUCUUUGCUAAUGAGUCAGCCCUCUCAUUACCCGGAAUUGAGCAAUGUGAAGGGACCCAGACAAAGGUAAUGACAUAACAGCGUCUGAAUAAGGCCAAAACCUCGACACUCAUAGUGUGCGUUGAGGGCAUACAUCCCAACGCUAUACGGAUACAAAGAUACUGAAUUUGCUCGAGUUUAAUGAAGUGUGUUUUGGCAGCUGAUUGAAAACAGAAACUGCCAUACUCCAUCACUGAGAUAAGAUCUUGUGGAAGGGCUCCCCAUCAGGUGCCGGUAAUUGUACGGAGAAAGUUUAUUUUCGUUGAGAUUUUUUACUCAGAUACAUAAUAUGGGCCCCCCAAGUACAUUUAGAGUCGAACCAGACCCCAAGAUGCUUGAUGACAUAGCAUGAGUGAUCGGUUUACCGAAAAGUUGAAGCUUUGAUUUUGUUGGUCUAUGCUUCCUAGAAAAGACGACCAUCUCCGUUUUAUCCGUGGAUGACUUAAUCCCGAGUCCAAUGGCCCAGGUUGCCCAUUUGUUCAAAGUAUCUUGUAAGGGUCCUUGCAGGUCGGAUUCGUUGGAUCCUACGACAGACACCACUCCAUCAUCUGUAAGUUGUCUCAGGCUGCAAUUUUGUGUAAGGUAAUUGUCAAUGUCGUUUACGUAGAAGUUGUACGAAAGGGGGCUCAAACAUGAGCCAUGGAGGAGGCCCAUGUAAGGGACCCGACUCACUGCCGAAUCUCCGUGAGAAAAGUUCGAAUGUUUCUUACGAGCAAGUCAACAUGUUAUAAUAUUAUAUUAUAAUUUGUCUGACAGGACUUCUAUCGAAAAUGAAUCAAAGUCGUAAGUCAUUUGAAUUUCUGAAGAAAGCAACGCAAGACAAUCAUUCGUCCCCUUGCCCCGGCGGAACCCUUAUUGUGUAUCUGAGAUUAGACCAUUUGUUUCAAUCCAUUGAUCAAGGCGAAACAAGAUCAUUUUAUCCAACAAUUUCCGUACAUAAGACAGCAUUGCUAUGGGGCGGUUCGAAUUGAAGUUGGACGCGGGAUUUCUUGGUUUUUAAAUAGCUAUAACUCGUACUUGUCUCCAAUCAUCCGGAACAAUACUAUGCCCGAGAAACCUAUUGAAUGAAUUCGACAAGCGAUGUUUCGCCACAUCGGGGAGGUUUUUCAACAAGUUGAACUUAGUUCUAUCCAAUCCUGGAGCAGAAUUGUUACAAGAAGGGGGAGCAAGAGUGAAUACUACCAUCGAGAACUCAAAAUCAAGAUCACACCUAUCUUGUGGUAUAUCUCGAACAGUUUUUUUUUGCACGGGAACGGAAUCAGGACACACAUUCCGUACAAAAUUCAAAAUCCAUCGAUGUGAAUAUUCUUCGCUUUCAUUCGAUGAAGAGCGAUUUCUCAUGUUUCGAGCCACUUUCCAUAAUUUUUUCAUUGAUGUUUCUCGUGACAAACCUCCCACGAAAUUUCGCUAAUAAGCACGUUUUUCCCUUUGAUCAUGUUGAAUACGUUUGAAAAUUUUGGUUCCACGUUUCCGAAAAGCUUUGAAUGCAUUCGAUUUUUCUACAUAAAGCUUGGGACACUGACUUUCCCACCAUGGAUUGAGAGGUCUUCGACGAAUAGUGGAACAUGGGAAAGGUUUCGUUUGAUCGCGAACCGCGCUGUCAUAGAUCAAACUAGAAAGAAAGUUAUACUCCUCUAAUGGAGAUAAACCAUCUUUGGAAUUCGUGGCUAGAGCAAUCGCGUCCGCAUAUUUUGGUUUCUUUAUUAGUACUCAUUUUAGUUCAAUUCAUUACAAAGAAAACAGAUGUGGCUACGUUGUGGAUGUUAAGGAACGUUGAAAUAUGUAGUAAAACUACAUGUUUCAUCCAGUUUUGCUUAAAAUAGGCGUCUUACCCUACCCUCCCCUAUACGAAUGGGCGCGCUCGAUACGUGCAGGGAUCAGCGGGAUAAAGGAACUGCGCAUUGGUGCAAUAUGGAGGGAAGAUAUAUAAACGGAAUAAAUGGGGGAAAGCAUGCGCAAAAUACUUGAAUGCUAGAGUAGGCACAAAUCCUUGUAACAUCUGGAAAAUUGCACACUUCUGUCUUUUUUGAUGUUAUUAAUAUUUUAAGUUCGCAAGCUAAUAGUAUCAAAUCUAUCGGCUGAUUGCACUCAAUACUUCUGAAGCAAAACAUGGAACACAAUGUUCCUCACCCAGUAUUGUUAUUUUGUUUGCCAAAGUUUGAAGAUAGCGUCGAACCUCUUUAUCGCUUCAAAAUCGACCCCGCAUAACGCAGUGACGAUCGUUAGGAAGGGGAAGUGUGCUUUCUUUUACAUAACGCAUGGUAUGUUCAGUACAUAAGCAACUAUUCGCUCCCAAACAAAAGCCUCGCGUUGUGCUCGAUGUGCAAUAUGCUUGUUGAUCCUGCCGGCCGUACGCUAUUUAGAAGGGGUUCCUGACUUUAUCCUGAGUUGAAGUUAUUCUUGGUUCCUUUUUGGUGUGCCGUUCGGUCGUGUGCAACUCUGCAGUUCUAGAAAACUCGUUAUUAUUGCUUCAGCAUUGCUAGAGCUAGCAGAACGCGCAUACCACGUUUUAGAAAAGUUUAUCAGCGCAGCUAGUUGUUUACUCAGCUUAUCUUAAUGUCGUCACAAACACGAUACGCCCAGUCAGCGAAGAACGUUUUCGAUACGAACCAAGUCGCUUGCCUCCGUGUGUGGCUAAAGGAAGCUCCUCGGCGAUCGUUACCAUUUCGCGCGUCAUGGUGUCACCUCGGAUUGACCUCCCGGGAGGAAGUCACUAGCCAGUACUAGCGACGAAAUCGAAGUUGCUCGUCGCAAUGAAAAGAAUAAAUUAAAAUUUAAAUCCAUUUUCGCUCUCUCUGUCACUCUGCGACCGAAUGAAUAUUAUAUAAAAUCUGAGGGAAGCCAGCGACAGCACAAAAGCAAGGAAGCGAGUGUGUUUAUGCAUAAUGCCGACCGAUUUGGCUCGCUAAGUUUAAACGUGAAGAAAAGGUACACAUAUAGGAAAAAAGUGGAGCAAACUCGCAGGACAAUAGUUUCGUGCGGAACUUUGCCGGUGGUAGUUGGUAGAACCAAAGUCAAUUCAAAUGUAGCAGUGAUGUGAUCAGUCACUUAUCGCUAUCUGGUGGUGGUGUUACUAACACGAACUUUUGUUUCCCUGCUCUUUCACUAACAAUCGGUCAAAUGUGUCCGUCACAUUUGGGCAGAGAAAACAAGAACCAAAGAUUGUGUGCCAUAAGCGAAGCUGUAGCUAAAGUACAACUGUGCAUUUAAUUUAACCGUUAAACUAUCGCUAUAUCUCCUUUUCGGUGGAUUGUCAUCUUCUAACCAUAACAAUAACUAACAUAAAAUGAAGCGGGCUCGUCAAAGUAAGGCUACUACCAAAUCGACUUCAGAGGCCGCUAAACGGAAAACCAGGAAAUCGGACAUCCAAAGAGAGAACAAUAACAACGAACCGGUGAUUUCAAAUGAAUCAGAAGCAACAAAACCGAUUGAUGAACCAAUUCAGCCAGAGAUAGAGGAGGAUCUGGAAAACAGUGUAGUCGAGUCGGCUGUCGAUAACGAAGCUGCCGCUGGUGCUGCAUCAUCCGUAUCGGAGUCCGAGAAUGAAAAACAAUCCGGUAAGAAAAAGGAACGAAAAGUGUACCUCUGUCAGGUGUGCCAUAAGAAUUUCCUAGGCAUCAGUGAUUUACGGAAACAUCUUCGGAUACACAACGACGAACGGCCGUACGGUUGUCAGCACUGUGGAAGCCGGUUCCGGCAAGCUGGCUGUCUGAAGAAUCACAUUGCUUCCCAACAUGGAACGGACACGUUGUAUACAUGCGAUCUUUGUGGGAGGUCGUUCCCGAUCAAGGAGCGGUUGCGGUUGCACAUGAGAGUUCAUACUGGGGAAAAACCCUACAAAUGCCCGAAAUGUCCGAAGACGUUCGCGCGUGGUGGUCAGUUAACUCAGCAUCUUGCCACUCAUAACGGUGUACGGAAGCAUAAAUGUCCCCACUGCACGUCUGCAUUUUCGUGUGCUGCCAAUUUGAGGAUGCACUUGAAGAGCCAUUUCGACAUUCGGGAUUACACGUGUCAUAUCUGUGGCAAAGGAUUCUACCGGCCGGAUGCACUGAAGAAACACCUCCUGUGCUAUCAUGCAAACCUCAAGGCUUUCCACUGUAAAAUAUGCAACAAAAUGUUCAAAGGUCAUCUUCCGCAGCACAUGAGAACCCACAAGAUGAUUCGUCCGCACGGCUGUGCCGUUUGUGGUGCUGUUUUCUCCCAGCGGUCGCAGCUGGUGGUUCAUCAGCGUAUCCACACGGGUGAGAGACCCUAUCGGUGUCAGGUUUGCUGGCAAGCCUUCGCUCACUCGAGCGUUCUCAAGCUGCACAUUCGCAAACACACCGGAGAGAAACCGUUCGAAUGUCCCAUUUGCAGUGUGGGCUUUUCGCAACUUCCACACUUGAAGAAACAUAUGCUCUCUAUACACAAUCAGGAUAAAUCGUAUCUAUGUAAGAAUUGCAAUGUCUUUUUCAAAACAAAACUAGACCAUCAAAAUCACGUUACAUCGUGUGCACCGGAAACAGCACAAACGCCAACCAGUGUUGAAGAGAUUAUUGAUCGAAAUGUUAAAGCAGCUAACAGUGGAGUCGAUCCCCCAAUGCCACUGUCUAACAUGAGAUUCCUGGUAGCGAUACUGCUUAAAAAAAUUUCGACCGAAGAGCGAUUGAAAGAUUUAGGAUUUGAUAAGCGUUUAAUCGAUAACGUUUUAGUUGACUCGUUGAAAUGCGCUGGUCGCAAGGUAUACGAAGAUAAAACAAUGGAUCCGGCUCUUCGUCUGAAACAAAACGUCCAAGAACUGCUCGAGUGGACCGUUCCGGUCAAGUAUAUGGAAGAGUUCAAAAAAGCUAAUCGAAGUACCGAGGAGUUGUUGGAGGAUUUGACCAAUUAAGUUCAUCGAUUGGACCCAUUUAUCUCAUUGGUACAGUUGACAAAGUUAACUUCUUAUCCAUUUUUUAUAACAUUAUUACUCGUUGAAACUGUUCGUGGCAGCUUGGAUUCAUUUUAAAAUAGCAAAUUGGCAGAUAGAUCACAUGAAAUCCCAACAUAAAAGAAAUUUGAUAGUUACUAACUUUAAUAACCUUUUUUCUAACGUUUUAGUUUUAAGUUCAACAGCAUACAGGAGCUAACUUGCCAUAGCAAAGAAUGAAACUUGCCAAAUAUUAUUUUAGAUGGAAUUAUUACGUAUAUUUAGUUACCCGUUUUUGAGGUCUCCCUAUACAUUCGAUUGGUUUGUUUAUGAGAAAAAGUAGACACGACCAUCCCUACUGCCUACCGAUUGACACAAUUCAGCGUUACCGCAAGGAAAUGAACAGGAGUCAUCGGUGAUCUAGUCAAUCAGAUGCCAUUACGCUCUUAACCCAACAAAGGAAAAGGUAGUUUAAAAAUAGCUGAGAAACACACUUUAUGAUUUUGUAGAAAUUUUUGUACAUUAUCAAUCUUAUGAGAGCUAAAACCAAAAAGAUAGAAGCGUUCAUUUCCGUGAGUGAAAUUUCUCAUGAAAUUGAAAUUGAACCGAAGCAGCAUAUGCGAUGCCAGUGUAAAUGAAAAUGAAUAUGAGAAAUUUAGCAUAGUGUAGUGAAUUUAAUCUAGAUGUUUGUACCUAAAACAUUGAAUGAUGUACAACGCUUUGGUGCGUAUAUUGAAGUUUA